AUGGGCUCCGUCGAAACACCUCCGUCCGAACGACUUUUUCCGAGCACAAAGCCGCCGCAGCGGGCGGUGGCGCUCUCGCUUCUCGAUGCAACUGCGGCAGAAUUCGCACCAACGAGCGCCGUCUGGCUUUGCGAACGGCCCAAAAAUGUUCAGUUCGAUCUCGCCGGCCAUUUUCGCCGUUCUCUUCCAUUGGUCCUAGACGCUUAUCCUCAAUGGACGGGUCUAUUGAAAAGCAUUGCGACACUUGACUCGUCUCAAUUAAAAAGCGAGGAAGCCGAGUUUGCACCACAUGCGCGACGUUUUGGACGAUUAUAUGCCCACUACGGGACAUCAGAAGAUGCCGGGGUGGAGUUUGUGACGGCAAAGAGCAGUGCUACCCUCGAGGCUCUCGCUCCCUCUUCUCGAACUACGGAUCAGCCUCUUCUGGAUUGCAAGAAUGUCAUUCUGGAUGGACUCGCUUCAUCCACUCUUUUGGCUUGUCCACUCCGACCAAGCGAGGCCGACCAAGAUGGUGUUCUGCCCCCCGUGAUGGCAAUUCAAUUAACAGAACUAGCCUGUGGCAACUUUGCAUUGUCGGCCAAGAUCGCGCAUGCUUUAGCUGAUAUACAGUCGCUGGUUUUAUUUAUGAAGGAUUGGUCAACAAUUAGUCGCUGGCUUAUCUCGGAUUCAAAACUGCCCAAGCCCGUGCUAAACCCCGUGUUUGAACCGGGCCUAUUGGACUCGAAGGCAUCGGGAGACAUUAACGGGGAUCAACCCGACCAGACCAUUAUCGACCAAGUCGCAGGACUGCCUCUGCACCGGUACGACUGGUGGGCUGCACAACCACAAUGCCCCUGGCCUCGAGAGAUCCCCGCCGCAUUCCGGGGCCAGGAGCUCGUGCCUGCUGGCACAGCUAUGCCUUGGUCUGACUGGGAUGUUGAAGCUCCCGUGUCACAUUAUUUGGUACACCUGACUCGCGAUCAGGUGGAAAUCAUCUGGAAAAAGGCAACAGAAAACAACUUGGAAAACACUCGGAUCAGUCGACAUGAUGCCAUUCUGGCUCAUAUCUGGUCAUGCAUUGCUCGCGCACGGAAUCAACAGAACGACACUGGCCCUCUCCACUGUGACCUUGUCUGUGGAACACGCCCUGCACUCCAUUUAGGCAAUACGUUUCUCGGCUCAUCUGUCCUCAUGAUAAAUUUGGAAAUGGCUGGCGCCGACCUAGUCUCUCCAUCCCAAGAUCACAGACUACGAAACAUCGCUCGACGUAUCCGCGAGACCAUCAAUAAAAUCAACAAUCCGACGGCACUCGGUGUACACCUUCAUAGCAUUGCAUUUGAAAAGACUCCGCAGCGACUUUGGCAGGCAUUCCUCGGACAACGGCACCUUCUGGUGACGACCUGGGCCCGGGCGGGCCUCUACGAUGUCGAUUUCGGGCUGAGUGAGGUGCCGAUCAUUCGCUAUGCCGACGCAAUGUUACCCGACUUGGAUGGGGAGCUGGUGAUUAAAGAAGCACCCCCGUCAAAGAAAAGUAGUUCAACGGGCGAGAGUAAUUGGACCGAAAACGGAGUGGAUAUCUCGAUUCGCAUUCAGACUGAGGACAUGGAGCGAUUGAUACGUGACCCGCUACUUUUGCCAUGA